CCUCUGUGCGCGCUCGCGCCCCGCCCGCGCAGCCGCCUCUCCCCGCGCGGGCUCUCGGCAGGCGGGAGGCGGCAGGGCCGGCAUUGCACUGCGGGCCGUGCGGGCUGCGCGGGCGGCAAACUGCGGGCACCCGGCACCCCGCAGCCAGUACCGGGCGGAGGCGUCAGAGCCGCGCACCGCGGACGAGCAGGCCCAGGCAUCCAGUACCCUGCUGACUCUGACAUGUCCCCAGCCUCCCCCAGCUCUGCAGGGAGCCCUGGUGCCGGAGACCUCCCACUUCUCCCUAUGGGUGCCUGACCUGAGGGCAGAGACAUCUGAGUGUGCGUAAGCACAGCAGGACACCAGGACCUGGCCUGAAGACAUUUCCUCUCUUCCCCUCUGGACUUCUCAGAGACUGUUCUGCGAUGACCACAGCAAGGUACCGGCCCACCUGGGACCUGGCCCUCGACCCGCUGGUGUCUUGCAAGCUCUGUCUUGGGGAGUACCCAGUGGAGCAGAUGACAACCAUAGCCCAGUGCCAAUGCAUCUUCUGUACUCUGUGCCUGAAACAGUAUGUUGAGCUCUUGAUCAAAGAAGGAUUAGAAACCGCAAUUAGCUGCCCAGAUGCUGCCUGCCCUAAACAGGGCCACCUACAGGAGAACGAGAUUGAGUGCAUGGUUGCAGCUGAAAUUAUGCAAAGAUAUAAAAAGCUACAAUUUGAAAGAGAGGUGCUGUUUGAUCCCUGUCGGACGUGGUGCCCGGCGUCCACCUGCCAAGCUGUGUGUCAGCUCCAGGACGUGGGGCUGCAGACCCCCCAGCCAGUGCAGUGCAAAGCCUGCCGUAUGGAAUUCUGCUCCACCUGCAAAGCCAGCUGGCACCCUGGCCAGGGCUGCCCGGAGACCAUGCCGAUCACCUUCCUCCCCGGGGAGACCAGUGCUGCUUUCAAAAUGGAAGAAGAUGACGCGCCCAUCAAGCGCUGCCCCAAGUGCAAAGUCUACAUCGAGCGAGACGAAGGCUGCGCGCAGAUGAUGUGCAAGAAUUGCAAGCACGCCUUCUGCUGGUACUGCCUGGAGUCUCUGGACGAUGAUUUCCUUCUGAUACACUAUGAUAAGGGACCCUGCCGGAACAAGCUGGGCCACUCCCGGGCAUCUGUGAUCUGGCAUCGGACACAGGUCUGGAGGUUGGAAACUGAAGGUUCAGGUAUCUGCAGGGCUGGAAUCUUCUGAGAGCGGUUCCCACGGCGUUCUCCCUGUGUGCACGCCUGUGGACACCGCUCCUUCAUCUUAGGGCAAAGUCAUAUUGGAUUAGAGCCUACCCUGAUGACCUCAUCUUCACUCGAUCAUCUGCAAAGACCCGAUUUACAAAUAAGGUCAAGUUCACAGGUUCUGGGGGUUAGGCUUCAACACUUUUUGUGGGAAACACAACUCACCUCCAUAGGAGGGAGCACAGACUCUGAGUGGGCUGUCUGGCCCCAGGGAGGUCAACCAGAGGAGGUGGACGGGUACAGCAGGUGGCGGGGCUCCGCUGCCGGUGGUGCUGCCUCGGGUACAGUCCAGAAGCAGUUCUUCCCUACGCUGGGUUGCACAUCAAUUCUUCAAGCGGGCCUGGAAUGUAGGAAUUGCCCCCCAGAAAACACUGCCAAAAAAUAUGACGGUUAAGCAAAAUAAAUCCAUAUUUCUAUGUCUACCUAGGUACAUAUAUUUGUUUCUAAAAAUUGAAAAAUUUGCCAGCAAAGAGUCUUAUCAACUCUUAGAGGAACCGAAAUUACAGGGCAUAGAGGGUGGGAAUGGCACAGACUUUGAUAGCAUGUGCUUAUCUAGAAGGUAUUCUAAACUUGUUUGCAGGAGGUACAUGAGAGAAUAUAACUGCUGAUGUGGCUCGACCACAAGAUAGUGUCCAUUACUCAGCUCAGCUCAUCUCUGUCUAUACCAGUGAGCAACUCAGCCAUUUAAAAACAGCAAUUGCUGCCCACGACCUGGUGUUUGCUACUCGCUCUUCUCUAGCUAAAGUCACCCAGGAUGUGCAUUUUCGGAUGAAGCCAACAUCGAAUGGGGCCCAGAGCAGCAGGGUGGAGAGCUGCAGUGGCUGCUAUAGCCAGGGAAGGCUGGAGCCACAUUGCAGGAGGGUGACUUCCCGUGCAUGUGACUCAGCCUGGGAGCACCUGUUUCCUGUUUGAACAUUGGGAUAAAAAGUCUUGCACAGGAUUUUUCUGAGGAUAAAUGAGGAAAUGACAAGUAAAACAUAGAGUACAUUUUGGUGAUAAAAUAUUAAGGUGCUCAUGCAGUUCCACUGUGAAUGUGGAUGAGGCUCCCAACAAGGGUACCCACUCAGCACUCCUGCUUCAAGCACAGAAGGACCCUCUUCCCUCCUGUUUUCCUUGUAGGACCUGAGAAACGAACAGCUCACAUCAUGGCUCAUGCUACCCAGGGGUGCAAGGAAGUGGUUAUGCUACAGCCUGUGGUUAAUGCAGAGAAAAAUGGAGUCAAUAUUUUCAUAUUGGAAAAUCUGAAUUUGCAGUAUCAAAAGUCAUUCACUUGUUCUCCUAGGCAACUAUCUGGGUCUUUUUAAAAUAUAUUUUUAUUUAUUCUUAUUUUUUCUCACUGACUUAACAGAAUUCAUUCAGAACGUGAGUACACGUGAUGUGUUUUUUACUGCACAAGAAAGAUCCAACAAGGGGUAGUCUCUUCUCACUUCUCAGAAUUUAUCAGCUUAUCACAACUUUUAUGAAAAGCCCAAAAUGCAAAAGGGAAUAACGUUUCAAAAGCUUCUGACAGUUGGACUCCAUGUUCCUUUUAUCCAGGGGUUUAAGAAAUUAACAUUGUAAAUAGGUUUUCAUAUUUGCCUGCUGUUAUUGGACACAUAGUGGUGACUUACUGAAUGCCUGUCAGAUAAAGGAAUUAAACUCCUGUUGCUGGGGGGGUGUGUGUGCAAGAGCCUGUAUGAAGUACAUGUGUGAGUGUGCAUGUGUGUCUAUGUGUGUGACUGUGUGUAUGAAUGUGUGUAUUUGUAGUUUGGGAAGUGUAUUAGUCCAUUUUCAUGCUGCUGAUGAAGACAUCUGAGACUGGGAAGAAAAGGAGGCUUAAUUGGACUUACAGUUCCACAUGGCGGGGGAGGCCUCAGAGCCAUGGUGGCUUCUUAAAUGGCAGUGGCAAGAGAAAAAUGAGGAAGAAGCAAAAGCAGAAAGCCCUGAUAAACCCAUCACAUCUCGUGAGACUUCUUCACUAUCACGAGAAUAGCGCGGGAAAGACCAGCCCCAGUGAUUCAAGUACCUUCCCCAGGGUCCCUCUCACAACAUGUGGGAAUUCUGAGAUAUACAAUUCAAGUUGAGAUUUUGGUGGGGACACAGCCAAACCAGUCACUUGGGAUGGUUCAGCUACAAAAAAGCCUUAUGCUUGAACUGGAGGUGUAGACAGUCCAGAAGCAAAAGCCUCAACUGUAGUUGGAAGAAAUCCCUAUUGUGAGCUGAGAACCUCUUCUGAGCCAGGCAUUUGCUCACUGCUUUCCAUGGGUUGUGUUUCAUGCUCACAAAGCUGCGAGUCUUAUCUUCAUAUCACUGGGGCUUGGAGAGGCCCAUUUGCCACAAGUGACACCAAGGAUAAGUGGCUGGUGAAGCUGGGAACCCAAGUCUGCCCUGCAGGGACCCAGUGUUCCUCCCACCACACAUGGCUUCCCUGGGCCUCUUCCUGAUUUACCCUGACUGGCACACAGAGACUGUCUCAGCCAUGUGGGGUGGUUUCCUUUCUGUUCCUGGGAUAGUUUAAAUCCUGCAUCUGAAGAUCGCAUCCCAGGAGAAGAAACCCAGUCCUGUCUAUUUUCAAGCCAGCAAGAUGAAUGAGAAAAAUGAGCUUAGGAAAUCCUGAGGGGGAAAUAGCUGCUCUCAGGCACACCCAUACGAUCUCAGAUGAUUUCAGAGAUUACAGGCAAAACACGGCUCAUCUCCACCUUCAGGUAAUCGCAUACACAAGGACCUUCCAGGGGAUAAGCAUCAGGUGGGAGAUGGUGCCCAUCGCAGGACAAACACUGCGCCUCCUGAAUCAACAUGUUGUUCACAGGAGAAACUAAUUAUCAAAACCACCCUGGGACGUAAACUAUUAUUAUCAUCACAGUUCUUCACUUCAGGCAAGAAAAUUAAGGCUUAGAAUCAUUAAGAGUCUUGCCCUAUAACAAACAACGAGCAGACCAUGGGGCCGGGCCCAACCCCACAGCCAGUAGGAACACACCCAGGCAGGGUUCAGUAAGACACCCAAAGCCACGUGAAGGGCAAGGAUGGGCCAACAGUGCCCAGAGGAGCCUCCCUGCAGAAAGGGUGUUAGGGAGGCUGCAGUAGGGGCCACGUUGCUUGGAAUUAGGGGGUGACCACAGCAUGGGGACCUUUCUAAGCUAUGUUUCCUAGGCAGCAAAGUACUUCAUAGGAAACGAUCACCUUGGAAAUUAACAUUUCCACAAUCUGAAACAGAAUUAAUCCAAGAGCCAAAAUGACAUUGAAAACUGCAGAGGUAAGUGCUGGUGAAGUCUACUCAACCUUCUGGAAGAGAUUCACUUUCACCUAAAACCAAGUAUGAAUGCACAGGCAGCAGCUAAAACACAGCUGUCUUGGGUGCCAUAGGCUCUUCAUUGGAUACCUACUUUGCAGAAACCCGUGGCAACUGAGAAUGAUAGAGAUGCAAAGCCUCCUAGUCCCUCCUCCCCACCGGGGGCUCAGGAUGUGGUGGGAUUUACAGUGUAGACAAUUACUCUCCUAUGAGAGGGUUUGUGGAGCCCUAUAGGAUCACAGAGGAGGAAUGAAUGGCUGUACCUGGAGGGAAGGCAGGGCCUGGGGAGGCUCCCUGUGCAAAGCUAUCCCUCUGAGUUGAGGGUUGAAGGCUAAAUAGUUUUCAGCGGGGGCUGUGGGGGGAUGGGCUGGCCUUCCAGGCAGAGGAGGGUAAGGGACGAGAAACAGAGAUAUGAAGGUACCGCAUUUUCAGAAACACUGUGCAUAGUGGCUGAGCACAGUCAGUGCUCAACAAAUGUUGCUUGAAUGAGCAAAUGAUGCUUCCAAAAUAACUAAGUCCAGGAAUGAGGUGAAAUUGGCUAUAUAUAAAUUAUUGAUCAAUGGUAAGAGCAAUGAAUGAGAAAUGGCUGAUUAGGUAACAUCAUUCACACUCAGGAGAGAAAACCUCUGGAGAUUUUGUUUGCUGAUUUCACCUGGCAUACAAAAUCCUGAAAAACUAGUCUCUUGGAAUCCACAAAGGAUGAAGAGGACAAAAAUUCAACUGUGCUCAGCGAUUUGAGUUUUCAAAGACACGAAAAUGAGGUUGCAGUCAGAGCGGAUCUUUUUCUCAUUUCUGCACAACUCUUAAUACAUUGUUGGUGCACAAUGAAUGUUAAAUAAUAAUUUAAUGUUUUUAUUAAUGACAAAGGAGGAAUCAACAUAUUAAUGAAACUUGCAGGUGAUACUAAACUGGGAGUUGUUACAAACACCAAUUAGGAGAUGCAGACGAUGAAGAGAGACCUAGGAAAGAAAGUUCCAACAAAGUGAGCUUCUGUCUUGCAAAUACAAGCAAAUGCACCUGCAAAAAAUGUGUACUGUGGGAAGCUCAGAAGGCGAGGCAAACACAGGCUUAGGAGGGAAAGCAGUCCAAAUGCAACGGCUUUUGGAAAUGCCAGGGGCGGGAUGUGUGAUGAAAGUCAUAAGAAAAAGCACAAUCUCCCCGGCUUUUUCAGUCAAAAAUGCAUUCAAUACCAAGUUUCAUUUGGUUGCACGUUGGAAGCUGGUCAUGACUUUGAAGGAAGAACAGUUUGCCUUUCCCAGGAGAUGAAUUCACGAGUGAAUAGGACCUGGUUCCCUGUCCUCAGUUCGGGUCCUGAUAUGGUUUGGCUGUGUCCCCACCCAAAUCUCACCUUGAAUUAUAACAAUCCCCACAUGUCCAGGGUGGCGCCAGGUGGAGAUAAUUGAACCAUGGUGGUGGUUUCCCCAUAUUGUUCUCGUGGUAGUGAAUAAGUCUCAGGAGAUCUUAUGGUUUUAUAAAUGGGAGUUCCCCUACGCAAGCUCUCUUGCCUGCUGCCAAGUAAGACAUGACUUUGCUCCUCCUUCACCUUCUGCCAUGAUUAUGGGUCCUCCCCAGCCAUGUGGAACUGUGAGUCAGUUAAACCUUUUUUCCUUAUAAAUGCCUCAGCCUUGGGUAUGUCUUUAUUAGCAGAGUGAGAACAGACUAAUGCAGGUCCUCUUCAGUCUCUCGUAGACACACCUGGGGCCUCCUAAAAUAUCUUCUCCUCCCAGCCUCCUCCCUUCUCACCAUUCUGUUCCUGGGGCAUUCUCUGUUUCCAUCUUGUGAUGCUUCUGUUAAAAACCAUUGAGAGCCUUCUGCUCCCUGUGUCAUUAAAUCCAAAUUCUUCACCGUUGCCUAUAUUUCAGUAGCAUAAAUUCUCUCAUAUACCUUUAAGGGAAUGUAGAGCAACAGUCUUUUGAAAGACAAGCAGAUUCUUAGCUCCCUCACUGGCCUCCAUGGGGAAGACUUAGGACUCUGUAUACCAGCAGUGGAGGGGAAUGUCGAAGGGAACGGGAGCUCCCAAGGGAGGAAGUGCUGGAAUCCCAGUGCUGUCGGGACCACUCAGACCCCAUCUAUAUUUAUAAACAAGGAGAAGCUCAGUGAGGCAGAAUGCCUCGGGUGCAGUCUUGAAGCUAGUUCCUGGCAGGGCUUGGACUGAAGUUUAGAUCCUCCCUUUUCUUCAUCAGUGCCUUGGUACCACACCACAUAGACUAAUACAAAUGCACGGAGACAUCACAGUCUAGUGCGGCAGGCCCGAAGGUGAUGAUCACACUCCACAGGUGGUAGCAGAGAGGAGCUCCACCCCCUGCAGGAGAAGUCAGAGCAAAUUUCUGGAGGAGACGGAAUUGGGGUCGGGGAUGGAGAGAGCAGGGGGUUGCUCAGAGCACAGAUUGGGAGGGAAUGCCACCACACAAACACACCCAUGCAAGUAAAGCCGCAGACACCCCAAGAGAGCUUGGGAAACCUUCAGUGCAGAGCUGAGCUCCAGUAGGGUGAGGGGAUUGGAGGUGGAGCAGGUGGAUGGGGUAGAGCGGUAAGGGACAGAGGGGAUGCACUUUUUAAGGUUUAAGCCAGGCUGGAGGAUUUCAGGGUAAGGUUGGUGCUGACACAAUAAGAUAUGGGAUUUGCCUACGCCACGGUAGCUGCAUGUAGGAGAGCUUGGAUGCAGAGGAUGAGGGUAAGGACAUGAGGUUAGGAAGCCGCCAAAAGGAGCAGCGAAGAGGAGAUGGGGGUCUAUGCCCAGCCUGUGGAGUGGAAAGUAACAAGUAUCAGUAAAAAGACAGUUGAGGGCGGUCGCAGUGGCUCACGCCUGUAAUCCCAGCACUUUGGGAGGCCAAGGCGGGUGGAUGACCUGAGAUCAGGAGUUUGAGACCAGCCUGGCCAACAUGGUGAAACCUCAUCUCUACUAAAGAUACAAAAAUUAGCUGGGCAUGGCGGUGGGUGCCUGUAAUCCCAGCUACUCGGGAGGCUGAGGCAGGAGAAUCGCUUGAAUCCAAGAGUGUGGCUUCCAGAUGAAGAUGUUCUGCCCUGGCUGCUCCACUCCGGUCUGGUCUGGCUGCUUCAACCUCAUGGGAUCUUCCUGAGCUUAGUGCUGACUUCCAAGAGUAUCAAUGAAUCCCCCAGUAUUCAGAAUAACCCAAGGACACCCUCACCCAGGUAUGCCCAAUUCUCACUCAUAUUACUCCUCCCUUAGUCCAUCUUAAUUAGAAUGCCUAAUUGGAAGUAACACAAAUACCUCCAAAAUGCCCUAUUGCCUCUGUAGCUGUGCCCUGGAGAGAGGAACUCAUAAGUUAACAGUCCGUGGUGUCACUCAGAAAGCAGGUGGUUUAUACCUUGGCAUCACCUCACCUCGAUUCUGAACCAGAAAAAAAACAAAACGCUGGCCGUGGCAAACAUGAGAAAAGGCUGAGAUGAUGAGAAACCUUUUUCCUUUCUUCUGUGGUGCUUCACUCCACCUGGGAGCUCACUGCCUAGCAUCUAACAUGAGGAGCCCCCGCACUUUUCAUUUUCUAGUCCUCACAAAAGUGCUACAAAUAAAUAUUAUUUUGUGCCCAUUUUAUAGAUCAGAAAACCUAAGUCUCAGUUAAGUUCACCUGCUCACAAUGAAAAUUAGUGACCCAUGAAGCCAGAAUAUGAGCUGUCCUGUGGCCUCCAAGGAUGGUUCUCUCCACUGAAUCAUUGUGUUGCCUAGUGCCUCUUCUGAAACAGGGCUCUGUAGAGGCAGCGAGGGGUCAUUAUUUUAAGAGAGAAGCUCAAUGUGGUUUAUAAAAUGUGUUCUGAGCCUCACCCAUGCAUGCAUCCACCCAGGCUCCCCAGGGACUCUUGCAGUCUGUCCCCAGUCCUGUGUUUCAGAAGAGAAAACUCUGGCUGUGACCCCCAUGCUGAGAGCAUGUUUUAGGUUUCUGUUGUAACAUGGGGUGGGGGGAAUCACUCGUUUACUGAGGACCUUUCUGUUCUCUGGAAAUGCUCAGCUUGUAUAUGAAACGGAAGGAUUCCUGCACAGGAGCCCCCCUUUCCAACACACACACACACACACACACCAUUUGCAUAUGUAAUAUUUAGGCAAAGCUGGGAAGUUUCCUUUAUUUCACUUUACAAUAUUUAUUUCAUCAUUUGUCUUCUUUCUCCUGCACUGCAUUAAGUAUCUCUUGAAAACGACUUCUGUGAAAUACUUCCAUAUGCAUUUAAACUUCUACAACAUAAUUUUUCAGUUCUUAGUGAAAUUGUGAAAGUCAGUUUAGAUAUUUGCAACUGGUGAUAAAUUAUUUUAUUUGAUUCCCAUGUUAUUUUCUUCUCUGGCUGGUAUAUAAUCUAAGAGUUGGAAGGAAUCGCAAUAGGCAUCUACCGUUUCUAAAAAUGUGGUUUUAGACCAGAAGCAUGAGCAUUGCCUGAGAAUUAGUCGUAAAUGUAGACUGUCAGCCCCACCUCAGACCGAGUCAGAACCUGGAUUUUCAGAAGAUCCCCAGGUGACCAGGAUGCACAUUAUAUUAGUUGUUUGUUACUGUAUAACAAAUUAGAAAAAACGUAGUACCUUUAAAUAUGUUUAUCUCCCAGUUUCCAUGGGUCUGAGUUCUCUACUCAGGGUCUCACAAGGCUAAAAAGAUGUCAGCUGGGCUGUGUUUUCAUCUGGAGGCUCAAUGGGGGAAGUAUCGGUUUUCAAGUUCUUUCCAUUUGUUGGCAGAAUUUAUUUCAUUCUGUAUGACUGUGAUCUCAAUUUUUUGUUGUCAUCUGGAGGCCACCCUUGAGUGUUGGAGAUUGCCUACAGUUCCAUGCCAUGUGGGUUUCCUUAACAUGGAUGCUUAUUCAUCAAAUCAGCAAAGAAAAUUUAUUUCUAGUGUAUGAUAGCAAGGUAAAGGACUAUUUGUUUUUGUGUAUAUGUAUACAUUUGUAAGGUACAUGGGUAUGCUUUGGUUAAGAAUUAGGCUGAGCAGAUACCCAGACCUGCCAGACUCAGCAGGAUUGGUGCACAGGUGCAUACCUCCACUUGUUAUAUAACCUGUUUGUGUAAGCUCAUACUUGGCUUGGAGCCACUGUCAUUUGAGAAAGAUAUAACUGCCCUGCCGAUGCCAUACAGGUGCUCUUGGGCAUGGCUUGACAUGGCUGUUGUGCAGGCACUGGUGCCCAGAGAGAGAACCAGAGCUUGUCCAUCUUGUAGACAGACAGGAGCCAGUGCACAGCUCAGCAUGGCAUGGCAUGGCAUGGCACAGCAUGGCUUGUGCUUGUGGCCAGAGAUAAUCAGCUAAGCUGCUGACCCUGAAGGCAGGGGAGAGCCGGCUGCUGCUAACCCUGAAGGCAGGGGAGAGCCAGCUGCGCAGUUGCUUGUGGGAGUGGCCAGCUCAAGCAUCUGAGACAAGGCAGACAGUGUGAGAAAGCAGCUGAUGAGAGAACAGUGUGAGAGAGCUGUUAAUGAGAGACAGCCGCUGAAUAAAACAACAUUUCGCCUGCCUACGGCCCCCCAAGUGUUCUUUCAGCCAUCACCCACUACCCUGGACAUAACAUUCAUAUCAUACAUGCACACACAUACAUAUACAUACAUAUGUGCAUAUACACAGAGAUAUAUAAUCAUAGGAGUGACAUCUUUGCCUUGGUGAGAAGUUGCAAGUCUUGCCCACACUCAGGUAAGGGAAUUAUAUAGGGUAUGGGACACAAGAGCUACCCUAGGAUUUUUCUGUUAUACAAGUUAAAGUCUGAGAAAUAUUGGGCAAAUCCAAUCUGUUGCCAAACCCCUCAUAGGUGCUAGUACCUAAAGCUUUGUGUCACGGUCUGAAUGUAUGUGUUUCCCCAAAAUUUAUAUGUUGGGACAUAAGACUCACUGUGAUAGUAUCAAGGGCUCAAGGGAAGUAGCUAGCCCUUUUUGCCUUCCGUCUCUUCCACCAUGAGAGGACCACAGCAAGGGGCACCAUCUUGGAGGCAGAGAGCUGUCCUCACCAGAACCACACCUGCCAGUGCCUUGAUCUUGGACUUCCCAGCCUCCAGAAUUGUGAGAAAAUAAAUUUCUGUUCUUAUCAGUUACCCAGUCUAAGGUAUUUUGUUAUAGCCGUACAAGCAGACUAAGACACUUUGCUUCUGUACCAAUUUUCCUAAGUGACACACAUUGGUUUCGGUUUCUUGCUCCCCUCAUUUGAUUUUUAACCACUGUCCCUAGCUCCUACACCACUGUUCCACCCAAACCUCUCCUGCUGAAGCCACUAGUGACUUCUCUGCCACCAUGCCCUGCAGGUGCUUUACUCUUCCCGAUGGCUUCUCAUCAGCAUUGACAGGCUGGAACCUCCUCUUUGAAAUGCUCUCUCUUCCUUUACUGUCCUGUAGCUCUCACUCUCCCAGUUUCCUUCCCACCUUUCUGGCAAUUUUUUUCUCCGCCUGCUUUGUGCCUUCUCUUCUCUUCUAAGCUUUGCAAAUGAUGGAAUUAUUCAAUCCUGAGCCUUGUAGCUCUUCUCAGUAAGCUUUCUUUUCCAGGCAAUGCCCCCAACCUACCCAGCUGAAACUGUUUCUCUGAGCUGCAAUCUCACACACUGAAUGGUUCAUGCUCAGUAUCGCCUCUUGAUUUGGUCUCAAAAGUUCUUAAAAUUACACCUGCUCCCAAAUUAAUGUUUGAAACCAUUAUACCACCUUUAGCCUACUCCUUCCCUGCAGCUCCAUAACUUAGUACUGACACCGCCAUCCUCUCCACUGUUCCUUCUCAAAACCAUUCUUGACACUGACCUUUUUAGCAUUCACACAUCUAAUCUUUCACUAAGUUUUCAAUUUUACCCCUAAAUACCUCCCCAGCAUGUUUAUAUCUUACCAUUUGCAUGGCCAGGAGAGUCUAAGCAAAGCCAUUACCCACUCCUGUGUGGGCUACUGCACAGGUGAGUCUGAAACCCCAGCAGGUACCAUUUAUCAAGUCUGCACUUUCCCAGACCAAACAUUCACAAUUCCAAAUUUCAUUCAUGCCUAUGAUUCUAAGUUGAUUCUCAGGAAUUAAACUGAAAAUCCCAGGUUUUUUCUUACCAGUGGAGAAUGGAGUUCACAAAAAGCAUCCACGGAGCAAAACUAGCACUGUUCUGUGCAGGUCUCUAGGAUUUUCCUCAGACUAAGUGACUUUCCUUGUCACUUGCUUCCUCUCAUUGUCUGGACCUUCCUACCCAGAUGCUGGGUGAGCAUGCACACUCUGUAACCUACUGACGUCUAGUGAGGGUCCUUACGGAGCCUCUGCUCUGCCCAGCCCAGUAACUAGUCAGAAGACUAUGGAAAGGCUUUAUUUCCUUCCCCAGCCCUAGCCCAGUGGUUUGCUGGGAAUUUCUCACCCAUAAAACUGAUUUUAGCAUUAGAGUUAAUGACUUUAUUUCUCUGUGGUCUUGGUUCUCUUACAAAUUGGGAAGCCUAUAAAAUGCACUAGCCAGGUGGAGGAGAGCCUCAUGGUGGCCGUUCUGAUCUUACUAUACCCUUUCUGACAUGCUCACUGUUGGUCUCCCUUCGAAGGUCUCUCUAUGCCAGACUGAAAUUGCUUCCUGUCACCCCACACCCAUGGUAAGAUGUGCCCUCUGUGCUUCCCUUACAACCUAACUUCUCCCAUGCUACCAUCAAUUUCUCAGGCAACUGUGAACCUCCCUCCUUAUCUUGGGACAUGUCUCUCCUCUGCCACUUAUGACCGUUAUAGACUGAAUUGUGUCAUUCCUCCCUCCCCCCAAAUUCAUAUGUCAAUGCACUGAUUUAUCUUAAGUACUUCAGCCACACACCAACCAUCCCUCCUCAGCCCACCCGCCAUUCUCAAUCUGAGGGUAUCUUGGCUCUUAACUCUCUUCUAAGUCAUUCCAGUUAUGGUUCCUGCAGCACUGGCCCCAUUCCACUUUUCGGGUUUUCAAUAUCCUCCCAACGGCAUUUCCUGCUGCUGCCCUCAAGUGUUCCCUCCCGUGUGUUAGGGAAUCCCCGCUACACAUUUUGUUCAGUCCUUGGGGCCCACACUUGAUUCAAAUUCCAUGGUCUCCCCCCAGUUGUGGCCUUCUCUUCUCUUGCCUCAAUACCUACUUUGGAGGCAUCUCCUUGUGGCUUCCUUGUUUGUGUAUCUCAUGCGCCUGCUUCCAUUGCAGUUAGGACAAUAUUAAAUAUGUGCACCAAAAACUCCCCGGCAGUCUGUCUGCCUGGAACAGCAUUUCAGCCCCUCACCUUGGGGCUCUUAGUUCUGUGGAGCCUCCAUCUGCUGAGGACCCUGACAUUCCUUGCCAGGGUCUGCUGGAUCUCACCCCCAGGGGGUCCUGCCAGUCUGGUGUUUAUCAGAGAAACUGCCCAUACAUCAACAGGAGGUGAGAAGGGAUGCUUAUGGGGAUUAUUAUACAGCUUUAGUAGUGGAAAAUUAGAGGUUUAAAGCUGUCAUGCUCUGUCUCUGUGCCAUACAGACCUUUCUAUAUACCCUAUACAACAGAUUGAAACAAUGAAUUGCAUUGUACUUAUUUACAAUAGAUCCUAAGUUAUUGAUGAUUAACGUGUUUUUCUAGGUAAAGUCUAGCCCAGCUCUGUUGCAGCACCUGGUACCUCUUAGAGGCUCAAUAAAUACCUCCUGAGUGAGCGCUCUGUGGUCCAUGCUAGAUGCAAGGUUUAGGGACAGCAUAAUGAGGAAGAACUUUCCAAUCUGGAAGAAAUUGGGGAGUCCCUUGGCAAGGGUGUAGCAGAGGCAGUAAGAUGUUAGACAGUCAGGAGGCCUGGAAUGUCAUCCUCAAUUCAUUUGCUAGCUAGAUGCACUUGGAAAUGCACUCCCUUCUCUGAUUCUCAAGUUUUUUUAGUUUGCCAAGUAUUAAAGGAACUCCCAUCUGAUGGCUCUCUUGGAUGGUAUAAGAAUAAUAGAUGAGGAAGCUACUAUUCACCUUUCAUGCAGGAGAGAGGUUCCAUUCAUCAUGUGGAGAUUGGAGUUAAGAUCUUACAAUGCCUAACAAUCCUGGAAUUACCAAAUUCUAGUUGCUGUGCAUCAAAUUGAAUACAUUUUAGAUAGCCAUACCAUCCUCAUAAUUGCUUGGAGUGAAUAGAUAAAAAUUGAAAAAAAUCUUCGUAUAUUUUCUCAUAGAAAUCUGCCCCGGGAUCAAAUGUUAAGCAGGGAUUUAUUAGUGGACACAAUGUAGUCAGCAAAGAGGCCGGUAGUAUUUUGAGAAGCUUCCUGGAGGAAGAGGAACUGGAACUAGCUGUUGAAGGGAUGUUCAGGUUUAAACGAUGGAGUAGAAGUGAAGAAGUUAAUGAAUAUAGCACUUCUGACAUGUGCCAGGUGCUUAAUGUCAUUUAAUCCUCACAACAUGAAAGAGGCAAAGAUAACUAUCUUCUUUUUAAUGUAAGUACUGACAGUGUGCCAGGCAACAGAUAAGUCAAUAUCAUACCUGAGAUAGCUGCCAGGGUAACACAGAGCUCACUCUGAGGACCUAGGGACAGCUCCAAGAGCUGAGACAUGAACAAAAAGUAGGAAUUAGAUCAGAAAUGAAGAAAGAGAAGGAAAGUAAUGAUCGAGAAAAGGGUGCCCCCAGCCAUGAGGGUAACAUGAGCUAUGGCAGUCGGUUGUGAAACCACAGGAAGUGUAUGGGGGAACUGAAAAAAAAAAAGUCAUUAUCAGAAUGUUUUUAGCUUCUUAUUCUGGAAAAAAAAUUGUUUAAACAUAGAAAUAUCUAGAAUAGUAUAGAAAACUUCUACAAAUUGAACAUCAUAACUAUCAUCAAAUUGU